AAAGGAAAGAUGCAGCCGAGACGGACCGUCGGCACUCCUCUUCAUUCUUCCCUUCACUCCACCCACAGUCUUUCAUACUUUCAUUCAUUGAGCACCGAUUGAUUCAUUUGUUGGUUUGAAACCAUAGACGAACUUAGACAUACACUUAGACAUAGAGGGUAAAAAGGAACUUUGCAUCAUGGCAUGGUAUAGCCAGACUGUCGACAUUCUUCGCGAUUCGGUUGCGAACCACCGCGCCCAACUUCCCGUGCUUGCUGCGACAGGGGCCUCGUUGACUGUGGGGCUCCUCUUGCGAUCCCUUCUCACCGAUAAACAUCCACAAGGUUCUGUCCUCCAUUGCCCCCGAGCCAUAGUCUCGUCCUCCACGUUGGUGGCAGAGAAGGGUGAAAUUCCUCUUCCAAACGAUGUGCUCCCGGGGGCUCGUGAUGUGCCGACUCCGUAUGGAUCGAUGCGAGUGUAUGAAUGGGGUCCACUAGAUGGACCGAAGGUCUUGUUUAUCCAUGGUAUCACCACGCCGUGCAUUGCCCUAGGUGGAGUGGCGCAUGCUUUGGCAGACCAAGGAUGUCGAGUUAUGCUAUUCGACUUGUUUGGAAGAGGCUACUCGGAUUGCCCGUCCGACCUCCCUCAGGACGAUCGACUCUUUGCAACCCAAGUAUUGCUUGCUUUGAGCACAUCUUCAGUGUCAUGGACCGGAGCUGGUAGUGGUAAAUUUAGCCUAGUUGGGUACUCCUUAGGAGGAGGGAUAGCAGCGUCUUUUGCAUCGUUCUUCCCCCAGCUACUUUCUUCACUGGUUUUGCUUGCCCCAGCGGGCUUGAUACGUGACUCUCAGAUCAGCUUUCAGUCACGACUCCUUUAUUCCCGCGGCCUUAUUCCUGAACGUGUCUUGGGAUUCCUUGUCGGCCGUCGUCUCCGUGCGGGCCCAUUAACUACCCCGAAACCCAAAUCCCAAAAGAUUAACGCCGCGGAUGCAUUGACCGAGGAACUUCCCUCGCAAGGAGGCGCUCAUACUCAACUGUUGUCUCGAGCGUACCCACAUGUUACUGUGCCCGGAGCUGUUAAAUGGCAAGUUAACUGUCACGCUGGCUUUGUCCAUGCUUUCAUGUCCAGCAUGCAACACGGGCCGAUAUUACAGCAGCGCCAGCGGGAAUCAUGGGAGCGCCUUGGUGAAUUCCUAUCUGCUCAGAGCAAACUAUCACCCCAAGAGCAGCAGGAUAACGGCCUCCCAAGUAACAAGGUGGUUAUUAUGUGUGGCGAGCAUGACUCAGUUAUUGUCAAGGACGAACUCGUCCCAGAUGCCACAUCCGCUCUCCAGGGAAACGUGGAAUUCAGAUACUUCAAUGCGGGACACGAGUUCCCCAGUACAAAAUAUGAUGACGUAGCACACGCCUUGUUGGAAGUGUUACAUUGAUAACUGUCUUGCAGCUGGACUAUAUGACAGGAAACCCCCCCUCUUCCUCAUCGAACCGAAGGGCCUGUCGGCCUGUCGUUUGUCCUGGGUAUGUGCCCUUUGUAUCUUUCCGGGCACUGGGCUGUGUUAUGAUUGUCCAACCUGAUAGACUUGUACAUAGAGUGCCCUUUGUGGCCUUAUAGACCUCUCGUGGUUUUUUUUUUUCUCUCUUUGGUUAAGCUUGGAAUACAGAGUAGAGUUCCGUGAUCAUUUUUUCAAGAUUUCGUCUGUCGCGUCGAGUUGACUUGAGAGCCGUGACACAUGAUCAGACCGAUCUUGCAUUCGCGCGCGAGCAAAGUAAGGUUCAUCUGCAGCGGGUGACUGGGAGAAUCGAUCGACCACACUGUUGCUGCUUCCGUCCGGUACAUGACUUAGAUCUCCUGCACUGAGACCCUUGUUCAUGCCGUUCGCCACUCUGCUAGGAGCACAGAAAAGUCAGGGGGAUGGCCAUACAAAUGGACAAGGAGUGAGUCUGACC